ACCCCCCACCCCACCCCGCGCCUGCCUGCCUGCCUGCCUGCGCCGCCCUCUGCGCGCUCCCGGGGAGCCUGGGGGCGCCCGGCUGGGCCCCAGGCAGAGCGCCCCCCUCCUCCCCGCCGCCGCCGGAGGAGGAGGAGGAGGAGGCGGCGGCGGCCGGCCAGGCAGCCGGAGGGUCCCCGAUGCUGCAGCAGCCGCCGCCGGAGGGCUCGGCCCGGGCCAGGCAGGCGCCGCCGGCGAGGAGGCGCCCGGAAGCGGGGGCCGGCGGAGGAGUCUAGCCAGCGCCCUCCCCGCGUGGCCCCGCCCAUCGCCGCGCCGGCCCCGCCCCCCGCCUGAGCGAGAGGAAGAUGGCGGCGCUCAUCCCGCAGCUCUCUGCUGGGAACCCUCUGUAUGAAACGUACUACAAGCAGGUGGACCCAGCUGGCACCGGGAGGGUUGGGGCCAGCGAUGCCGCCCCCUUCCUGAAGAAAUCGGGGCUUGCAGACGCUGUCCUUGGAAAGAUAUGGGACUUGGCGGAUCCGGAGGGCAAAGGCUUCCUGGACAAACAGGGCUUCUUCCUGGCCCUGCGGCUCGUGGCCUGCGCCCAGAGCGGGCACGAUCUCAGCCUCGGCAGCGGCAGCCUCGCCUUGCCACAUCCGAAGUUCCACAACAGCACAAGCCCCUUGCUGGCCGCCUCCUCUUCGUCGGAUGCUCACUGGGCCGUCAGAGUAGAAGAGAAAGCCAAGUUUGAUGGUAUCUUUGAAAGCCUUCUGCCAGUCAGCGGUUUACUUUCUGGAGACAAAGUGAAGCCAGUCCUGCUGAACUCCAAGCUACCUCUUGACGUCCUCGGGAGGGUCUGGGACCUCAGCGAUAUCGACAAGGAUGGGCAUCUCGACAGAGACGAAUUUGCUGUGGCGAUGCACCUCGUGUACCGAGCCUUGGAGAAGGAGCCCGUCCCCUCGGUGCUGCCCCUGCCUCUGGUCCCGCCCUCCAAGCGGAAGAAGGGUGCCAUUUUCCCAGGGGCCGUCCCUGUCCUCCCGGCCAGCCCUCCGCCCAGGGACAGCCUGCGCUCCACCCCCUCGCACGGCAGCGUCAACAGCCUGAACAGUGCCGGCAGCCUCUCCCCGAAGCACAGCCUCAAGCAAGCACCGCCGCCUGCCAACUGGGUGGUCCCCGUCACGGACAAGCUCCGCUAUGAUGAGAUCUUCUUGAAAACAGACCUGGACCUGGACGGCUUCGUGAGUGGCCAGGAAGUGAAGGACAUCUUCAUGCACUCGGGCCUCUCCCAGAACCUCCUGGCGCACAUCUGGGCGCUGGCCGACACGAGGCAGAUGGGGAAGCUCAACAAAGACCAGUUUGCGCUGGCCAUGUACCUCAUCCAGCAGAAGGUCAGCAAGGGCAUCGACCCCCCGCAGGUUCUGCUCCCAGAGAUGAUUCCUCCGGCGGAAAGGACCACCCCCGUCCAGGACAGCUCGAGUUCCGUCGGGUCCGGUGAAUUUACAGGCGUGAAAGAGCUGGACGAGAUCAGCCAGGAGAUUGCGCAGCUGCAGAGAGAGAAAUAUUCUUUAGAGCAGGACAUCCGAGAGAGGGAAGAAGCAAUCCGACAGAAAACUAGUGAAGUCCAGGAGCUACAAAAUGACCUAGACCGAGAAACGAGCAGCUUACAAGAACUGGAAGCACAAAAGCAGGAUUCUCAGGACCGGCUGGACGAGAUGGACCAGCAGAAGGCCAAGCUGAAAGAUAUGCUGAGUGAUGUGAAACAGAAGUGCCAGGAAGAGACACAGGUGAUCUCAUCGCUGAAAACGCAGAUCCAGUCGCAGGAGUCAGACCUCAAGUCCCAGGAAGAUGACAUCAGUCGAGCGAAAGGCGAGCUGAGCCGGCUCCAGCAGGAGGAGACCCAGCUGGAGCAGAGUAUCCAGGCAGGCAGGGUGCAGCUGGAGACGAUCAUCAAGUCCCUGAAGUCCACGCAGGAAGAAAUUAACCAGGCGAGGAGCAAGCUGUCCCGCCUGCAAGAGAGCCACCAGGAAGCCAGCCGCAGCCUCGAGCAGUACAGCGAAGCCCUGAACGGGGUGCAUGGCGGCAGCAUGACCAACCUGGCUGACCUCAACGAGGGAAACCUGCCCAGAGACCGAGGCGGGUUCGGCGCCCUGGACGAUCCGUUCAAGAACAAGGCCCUGACAUUCAGCAAUAAUGCCCAAGACCUGCACACGGACCCCUUCCAAGCGGAAGACCCCUUCCGGUCAGACCCCUUCAAAGGAGCAGACCCCUUUAGAGGCAGUGACCCGUUCCAGAAUGACCCCUUUGCAGAGGAACCUCCUGCGGUGGCGGCGGCAGUGGAUCCAUUUGGAGGAGAUCCAUUUAAAGAAAGUGACCCAUUCCGGCCUCCCGCGCCUGAGGAUUUCUUUAAGAAGCCUGAGAAAAGCGAUCCGUUCACCUCGGACCCCUUCUCAAAAAAGCCAACACUCCCCUCCAAACCAAACUUCUUUGAGAACAGCGAUCCCUUCCUGUCGUCGUCCAGUAUAGUGUCCAAAGGCCCAGACCCAUUUGGGACGUUGGACCCCUUUGGCGGCAGCACCUUCAGCAGCAGCAGCGGCGAAGGAUUUGCGGAUUUCAGCCAGAUGUCCAAGCCUGCGGCUUCAGACCCGUUCACCACCUCUUUUGGAGGGGCCGGGUUCUCGGAGGACCCUUUCAAGAGCAAGGCCGACACUCCCGCCCUCCCGCCGAAGAAGAGCAUGCCCCUGAGGCCCAAGCCGCCCAGUGGUAACAGCCCUCCUGUAAGCCAACUCGGGUCUUCUGAUUUUGCCACGGGCCCCGAUCCAUUCCAGCCGUUUGGGCCUGACACCAGUGACCCGUUUCAGAGUAAAAAGGGGUUUGGGGACCUAUUUAGUGGAAAAGACCCAUUUGCUCCUUCCUCCUCUGCGCGUAAACCUUCUAAAGACUCUUCCUUGGGGUUUGCUGACUUCAGCUCUCUUGGCAAUGAGGAGCAGCAGCUGGCCUGGGCCAAGCGGGAAAGCGAGAAGGCUGAGCAGGAGAGGCUGGCCCGCUUGCGAAGACAGGAGCAGGAAGACCUGGAGUUAGCCAUCGCCCUCAGUAAGGCCGACAUGCCCGCCUCCUAAGGGCCCCCGCCCCGGCAGAGCCGCUUCCUGGCACCCGUCCUGGUUGCGCCCCCCGCCCCGCCCCGCCCCGCCCCGGCCCUUCCUUGGCUCCUCCCUCUUCCUUUGGUUCUGAAGUGGGUCGACCUGCCUCACGAGACUGGCUGGUGGCAGCAAGCUGUGUUGGGUGGGGGCGGCUGCUCCAUCCCUCUCCCCACCCCGCCAGGAACCUGGUCCGGCCGAGGCCGUGGCUAGUCAGCGAGAGGCUUUGCAGCCCCAGCCGCUGGGCAGGGCCUGGGCCCGGCAGUCCGCCAGCAUGCCCUGUGGCGGCUGGGGGGUGCCAAGACUGAUGCGGCAGAAGCCGUCGCUCUGUGGGAGCUGCCACUCCUGGGUUCCCCCCCAGAGAGAGAGAGAGAGAGAGUGAUCUUCAUCCAGAGGUGGCUUCCCUUCCCUUCCCUCCCUUCUGCUUCUUUCAUUUCCCUCAAGGAGCCAGUCCUCCUUGUGAGAGAGCAAACUCCCUGGAGUCGGGGCCCUGGAUCUCACCGGGCUGGGCCGCUCCUCCGUGCGGAAUCCCCCCCCCCUCUGCCCCUGGGAGGGCUGCAGGGCUCAGGCAGGAGGGCGUCCCAGGCCUUCUGCCUGCCAGGCGUGUCAGCAGCAGAGUGGGGGCCUCCCUUCCACUGCCCGGACCACCCCUUGGGUCCCCCCCCGCUGCCCCCCGCAGGGCUGAGUGCCCAGGAAGGCCAGUUGUCUGCGGAGCGUGAUCUGCUGCCUCUCUCCUCAAAAGGGAGCAACCUUGUCAACUCACACUGACUCAUAGCGAAACCGGGGAAACGGGCGUACGUUGCGGUGGGGGCCGGGCCGCGAGUGUGUAAAGAAGACGACGAGAACGAAAAUAUGUCUGUGUCCUGGAAAGCCGGGCGUCGCUUGGCCUGCAUUUGCAUCUCUUGUUUUGUUGGAAACGGGGAGGGGAGCAGGUUUUGUCUCUUGGCGAGAGCUGCGAAGGGGGGGGGCCUUUAUUCCUCCCCCCCCCCCGCUUUGAGCAGUCCCUGCCUGGCCUCUGCCCCCCCCCGCACCUUGGCCUUUGGCCUUGAGAACUCCUAGGCAGGCCAGGUGAGACACGGCCCCCCCCCCCUCGGGGCGUCCCGGCUGGACUUAGCGCAGGCGCCGGCGUGUGUCUCUGUGUGUGGGGGGGGGAGAGUCCUGGCGGUGGGGCUCCAGGCCUGGGCUGCAGCAGCGUCCCCCUUGCGUGGUGUGCGCCUGUGGUGGGGAGACGCAGUGGGGCAGGAUCCUCCUCAUUCGGAGGAAGGGUCUCGUCUCUCUGGUCUGCUGUUGGGAGGCGACCAAGGGGGUCCCAGGAAGAGGCUCCCUCGCUGCCUCCGGGUGGGGCUGGUGGGGCAGUCAGCCUGGCCCCCACACAGAGAGGGGUCCCAGAGCCCCUGCUGGGCAUGCUGAGGGGGGGGCUCAGUGCCUUGCCGCGACUCUCAUCCCGACUCGGAGGGAGCAUCUGCAGCUCCGACUCCUCUUCCUCCUUGCGGGAUGGGGUGGCUCUGCCCUGUGGCGCUGCCGCUGUGGCUCUCUAGCAAGGAGGCGCUGGCCCAGCCCCAGGCAGCAGGGUCAGGGGGGCGCUGCCACUCGCCCCCUCCCACAGGGCACCCGGGCAGUGCCAGCCUGCCUCCGCUGCCUCGCUCCGCUUCCCUCCUGCUGCUGCUGCUGCUGCUGCUGCUGUGAGCAGCGGCGGCGGCGGCGGGUCUUGGGCUUCUCUCUGCCUCUGCUGCCCUCCCUGCAUCCCAGCCGGGCCCUCCUGGCUGCCCCGCCCUGGCUUGCCUCCUCGCCGCCCUCCCGAGGAAGAGGGGUGCUCUGCAGCCAGGCUUGGGGGCAGGCGGGGGUCCUCCUUCCGCUGAGCCCCGGCUGGCCCCUCACGCUCUCCUGGGUGGCGCCCGCCUCCCUCCAAGCCCGCCCGGGCAGUGAGCGGCCCGCCUUGGCUGGGGGCUUGGAGGCCUCUCUGCUGCUCGCUGGGCUGGCAGGGGGGGGGGGCGGGGGCCCGCCAGAGCACUGUGUGCCCGGCAUGACUGAGCCGCUCCUGGCCGGCCGGCCGGCUCUCUUGGCCGCACUUGGGCAUCUCUGCCCGGGGCAAAGCUAGCUGGGGGGCCCAAGGGGGGUGGGGGGUGGGGGGAGUGCUCCGGGUCUUCCUGCAGCAGCUGCUGCCGGGUCCCCUUUGAGAGCAAGAGACCAUCGGCAGACCCUGGCGGCAGCAGCAACAGCAGCAUCACGGUGGUGUGUUGAUGUGUCUUCUGUACGUAGCUGUUGUGCACGUCCGUCCCCCCCCACCCCGCCCACUGAGGAGCCUCUGUGGAGCUGCUGAGAUGCAGGAGAUGGCAGCCUCCGGGGUCUUCCCUUCUCUUGGUUUCACAGAGGGGGCUGCUUGGCUAGUGGGGGGGGGAGCCGCUGCAGGGCUUCUCCUGUCCCAAGCAGGCCACUCUCCCCCUUCUCCCCCCCCCAAUUUCUGUUCUCCCCGAUUCUUAAAGGAAAAGGUCGGGGGGGGGGGGAGAGACAGUUCUUGGCCCAGGAUUCAGGGAACCAGUGUGUGUGUGUGUGGCUGGGACAUGGCCCCUCCCUCUGGAUCCACCACAGGAGGGGAGCUGCAGCAGCAGUUUGCAUUGGGGGCAGGGUGGGGGGGCACUUGCCAUUCAAAGGGAAGCUCGUCCAGGUGAGGAGCCGCCCCCCCCCGCCCCAGACACGGCUGGAGUCUGGUGGGGAGGAGGGGCAGAGACCGCAUCCAAAUAUGUACAUGGCUGUAUCUAUAUUUAUCCUUGAAACCUGGUGUAAGGAGAUUGUGAGUGGGGGGGGGGAGGAGGGGGGGGAGGGAUUUCAAUCCCAUGCUCUUGUGGUUAUUGUUUAAUAUCAGAGAAAUGUUAUUGUUUUAAUAUAAUAAAAGACAAAAGUGACUUAUCUGGGCGCUCUGGCGAGUGGCGCUCGCGCUCUCUCUGUGUCAGG